AUGCACUCGAUCAAAGUCGAAAUCGCCGCACAGAGCCGCGGACUUGCGCAAGGCUUCGUCUGCGGUCCUUCCAUAAUCAACGACGACGACGUCCUCGGAUGGGAUAAUGACAGGGAAGACGUCGGCGAAGACGAUGUGACUGAGCCUGUGGUAGCUUCAGAUCGUGGCUUCAAGAAGCGGCAGCGCACUGACACGGACUCGGGCUGGGCCACUGUGCGCGAGGGCGAGAGAGGCUGA